UUAUUGUCGCAAAGUGAAUUAUUUCAGUACUCAUUGGUCGAACUGAAUCGCACGUUCUUCAGUUUUAAGCAAUUCAUUAACUCUCUCAGAAAAGGUCGCUUUAGUUGUUGUUGCCGUUUAAAGUUUAAAAGGUCACCUUUAAAGGGUGCGCAAUGCUGGACUGAAUGGUCGCCUUGUACGGUCACAUGUCACAGUAAGGGAAUGGCCGAGGGAUAUGCGAAGCGAUGGCGAGUGUGGAAUUGUGAACAGGAACUGAUUCGGUAUGUGAGUCCAGGAAACGACACAAGUGCCGAGGAAAGGAUUGCAGCUUUUCGAUCAUGUGAACACGAAAUUCCGUAUUGUAUUAGUGAUGAGGAUGGUGAUAUGACAACGGUGCAUAAUGCAUUUUUCCUGAUCAACAUCGGACUGUGCAUUGCAUUCAUACUCAUCCCAAAUAUGCUACUCUCGAUGGCGUUCACUCAAGGAUGGCCGUGUCGAUGCAGGGAAGGUGACAAUACAAGCGAGUGCUCUGUUCACUACACUCGUACACAUCCACCGAUUGAUGUCGAUCUGUGA